AGAAACCCAUCCCACGAAAAACACCUUUGGGAUGUAUUUUGAAACACUGGGAAGAUCUGGGGGGCGAUCCGUUGACUCAGAAACAACUGACUGAGUACUGUUGGCCAAUAUAUAUUUUGGAAGGUGAAGUGGCCAGAGAAUGGAACAUUGCAACAUAAUAUCAUCUGACAGUUGAUGUUGUUUUGUAAGAGAGAAGGUAAAUAGGAUGAAAUGGCUUAUGUUGAUCUGUUCCUUACAUUGUGGAAUCAUCCGGAGUGGCAGAAAGCGUGUGGAAUAUCAUCUGGUUAUUUGGCAAUGGUUUUGAAGGAAGAAGAGUUUGAUAAAAGAUGCUGUUCGGGAUGUAGUAAGGAGUGUGGUAAAAAUCUGAGAAGGUGGUGUUCUCUUUGUAAUAUGAAUGAAGGAACGGAAGAGAAUGAUGUUGAAUUGAUGGUUGCACCUCACCGUAGAAGGGGUCAGGGAGCCCAGAAUUUGGGAGGUAAUGAUCCAUCUGCUCCCCCUAUGGAAGAGGAAGCAGAGGGGUUUAGCCCAGUUUUGGGAAGGACAUGAGGGAGGAGGGGGGAGGCCGGACAGGCCCCUCUCCAAGCCCCUCUCCGAGAAGCGGUAGGAAAUGAUGGUCCGGUGGGGGUAAAGGUUCCUUUUUUGAUUACUGAUUUAAGAUCAUAGAAAGAGAUUGCAGGUCCUUAUCGGGAGGACCCUGAGAAGGUAGCUAAGGCAAUUGAAACAAUAAUUAGAACUCAAGACCCUGAUUGGAAUGAUUUACAAGUAAUAUUGGACACUUUGCUCGAUGAUACUGAAAAGAGACUGGUGCUGAAUGCUGCUAGAAAACAGGUAGAGGGAGCACAUGCUAACGGAGAUUUACAAGGGAGAGCGGACCAGAAUUUUCCAUCUACAAAUCCCGAGCGGGACCCCAAUCAACUGGGACCCAGGGGAAUGUUGACUAGAUAUCAGCGGUGGAUUUUAUUUGGUGUAAGACAUGCAAUGCCAAAAGCAUUAAAUUGGUCCAAAAUUUAUGAAGUAAGACAAGAACCAAGUGAGUCCCCCUCAGCCUUUAUGGAAAGACUGAGGGUGACUGCUAGAAAAUGUACCAAUUUAGAUCCAGAAAAUCCAGAAGCAGCAGCACCAUUGGCCUCUCUAUUUAUGGGGCAGUCAGCCUCGGAUAUGAGGAAAAAAAAAAAAAAAAAAAAACACAAAAACCCAAAAAAAAUCGCAACAAAAAAAAUGCCUUUGACUGUAUAUUUUUGGUUUCAAGUUCCGUGCUUUUGUUUUCAAAAAGAGCAAGUCCCUUCCUUUGUUCCUGAUUAACCUUAGAAGGUUUUGCACCGAAACUAAGUGUGGACUGUCUUAAUGCCAGGACGAGGAAGCAUUCAGGUAAAAUGGGAUCGAAACAGAUUGCGCAGGAAACGUUUGAUGAUGCUGUGCAAGAAAACAUUACAGAAUUUGAAAUGGAUCCAGAAGAGGCUGUGAGAGAAGCUGUGCAGCAGUUUGAGUCCCAAGGUGUUGACCUAAGCAAUAUUGUGAAAGCGGUACGGCAGCCUGCCUCUGAAAAUGGUCAAAAGCAAAAGCAUGAAAUUUUGCUGACUUUAGAUUCCCUUGGGAGAGCUGUUGCUGACUCUGAUCUUGCCGAGAUGGCCGAGCAGCUAGGGGUCUUUGCUGAUCAGUGCAAAGAACAGCUGGCUUUCCGCUACCUGGCUGGGCAGAAUGGUGCCUAUUCUGUGGUAUUCUCUGCCUGCCAAUUGGCUUCAGGAGACAGAAAUUUAAUGCUGAAGGCCUUUUAUACUCUGUCUGCCAUCCUGGAUGGGCAGCCAGACCUGCUUGACUCCGCUGGCCAGGAUCUACUGCUACAAACUCUGAAAGAAUACAGGGAGGAUGCAGAAAUGACGCUGGCUGGGAUCCGAUGCAUUCGGCACGCCUGUCUGAAACAUGAGCAGAAUCGUCAAGACUUUGUGAAAGGCGGGGUUCUCCCGCUUCUGACCAGCGCUAUAGUCCAGCACGGAGGCAGUGCCGAUGUCGUCCGAAUGGCCGCCUCAGCGCUCAGGGUCAUGACGUUUGAUGAUGACAUCCGCGUGCCCUUUGGUCAUGCUCAUGAUCAUGCCAAAAUGAUUGUGUUGGAAAACGAUGGGUUAAGAGUCCUCAUUGAAGCUGCAAAAGCAUUCACAGAUAACUCCAGUGUUCUCAGUGAACUGUGUGCCACCCUUUCUCGCCUCUCUGUCAGGAAUGAAUUCUGUCAAGAAAUUGUGGACCUUGGCGGCUUAAAUUUUAUGGUGGCUCUCCUGGCUGACUGCAUCGACCACCCGGACGUGGUGAAGCAGGUGCUGAGCGCCAUCCGAGCGGUUGCGGGUAACGACGAUGUGAAAGAUGCCAUCGUUAACGCUGGGGGAACGGACCUCAUUGUGCUCGCUGUAAGCCAUCACCUUGCCAACCCUCAGAUCUGUGAGCAAGGUUGUGCAGCCUUGUGCAUGUUGGCUUUGCGCAAACCUGAGAACUGUAAUGUCAUCAUGGAAGGCGGAGGGGCGUUGGCAGCUCUUCAGGCUAUGAAAGCGCACCCACGAGAAGUGGCUGUACAGAAACAGGCUUGCAUGCUGAUCCGAAACCUGGUCUCCCGGAGCCGGGACUUUUCUCAGCCCAUCUUAGAGAUGGGAGCUGAGAACUUAAUAACAGAAGCUCGUGCAACGCACAGGGACUGCGACGAUGUGGCCAAAGCUGCGCUGAGGGAUCUUGGCUGCAAAGUGGAGCUCCGAGAGCUGUGGACGGGUCAGAAGGGAAGCCUAGCUCAGUGAAUCACCGCUCUGCUGAG